AUGCGCAGGGAGUCUGUUCAGACCAUCGAUGUUGAGGGUAUUGACGUUGAGAAGCUGGGCAGGCAGCGGCCUGAAGUUUUUUCUUCCACUCUGAUGGAGGUUGCCUUUGUCAUCUCCAUCCUGGGCUCCCUUUCUAUGGCGGAUUUCGUCAUUAGCGGUUUUCAGGUGGUUUUACCUAAUUUGAUCGAGCCACUCGACAUCCCUCUGCAAGCUCAAACAUGGCCCUCAAGCGUCUUAACCCUGACCGCAGGCGCAUUCCUGUUUCCUCUGGGGAGGCUGGCAGACAUGUAUGGAGGGUAUCUGCUAUUCAAUGGAGGCCUGGUGUGGACUGUUUUAUGGUCCGUCAUUGCUGGCUUUACUCGCAACUUCAUCAUGCUCGUCAUCUGCCGUGCCAUGCUCGGCCUUGGGGCCGCGGCGUUUCUUCCUGCCGGCAUUUCCCUGCUUGGCCGAAUUUACAGACCAGGCCCGAGGAAGAAUAUUGUUUUCAGUCUCUAUGGUGCUCUUGCACCUCUGGGAUUCUUUAGCGGCAUUAUUGUUGGCGGCAUGGCUCAAGAUUUGCUAUCCUGGAGAUGGUUCUUUUGGCUGGGUGGCAUUGUAUCUGCCGUCUUUGCCUUAGGGACAAUCCUAACUGCUCCUCGUGACUAUGAAGAAGCACGCAAGAUGAACGUCAAAAUGGACUGGUGGGGUGUUUUUACGACUGUACCUGGCUUGAUGCUUCUCAUUUAUGCGUUGACCGACAGCGCCAACGCCCCCAACGGAUGGGCAUCGCCUCGAAUUCUGGUGACACUUAUUCUUGGCCUCAUUUUCCUUGGUGCAGCUGUAUAUGUUGAAGGCUGGGUCGCCGAAGCACCUCUUAUCCCGGCGGAUAUUUUCCGCGUCAAGUGUAUGAAAAGAAUGCUCCUGUGUCUCUUCAUUACUUGGGGUGUUUUCAGCAUUUAUCUCUUUUAUGCAAACUUUUAUAUCGAAACAAUUCUGGAAAAAUCACCCCUACUGACCGCGGUGUAUUUUGCGCCCUGGGCUGGUGGUGGCCUGGUCUUGGCUACCACAAGCGGUGUGAUCCUCCACCUUCUUCCUGGCAAGCUGCUCAUAGUUCUUUCUGGCAUCUCAAAAGUCAUUGCUGUGCUCAUGUUUGCCAUCAUGCCUGAUGACCCGAGUUAUUGGGCAUGGAUUUUCCCGGCUAUGCUUUGCGAAGCCGCCUGUGUCGACGUUCUCUGGACUGUAAGCAACGUCUUUCUAACUACUAGCCUGCCAAAGAACCGCCAGGGGCUUGCAGGCGCACUCAUUAGUCUCAUGCUGUUCCUCGGAGGUGCAUUCUUCCUGGCCAUUGCGGACGUUGCCAAGGCACAGUUUGUGUUGAAUGGGAUGGAUCUCAAGCAUCAAUACAAGGGCGUUUUCUGGAUCGGGGUUGGACUCGCAGGGUUGGCCCUGAUCAUCUGCCUAUUCAUGGAUCUAGACAAGGCCGGUGGCGAUUUCACAGUUGAUGAGAAAGCCAUGCGAAAGAUGAGCAAUGCGUCUUCAGAAAACGAGUCGGACGGUGAAUCGUCAAUGGGAGGUGUUCGGGUUGAGCCGAUGCUGGGCGUGGUUGUGGAUUCACAAGAGACUCUCAAUCAUGACCAAACCAGAACGGAUUCUGUUUGA